AUGCAGCAAGGUGGUAUUGUAGUUAACCUAUUUUUAAACGGGUGCGCCAGGACCGCCUUUCUUGCCAAUCAGCGAUUUGUGUAUGUGAGGGAUGACACCGCCACCAGCGAUUGUUGCCUUUAUCAAACUAUCGAGUUCCUCGUCUCCUCGGAUGGCCAGCUGCAAAUGACGCGGUGUGAUACGCUUCACCUUAAGAUCUUUAGAUGCAUUUCCCGCCAACUCCAGAACCUCGGCUGUAAGAUAUUCAAGAAUAGCUGCAGAAUACACUGCUGCUGUUGCUCCAACACGUCCAUGACUCGUAGUCCUAUUUUUGAGAUGUCUGUGAAUCCUUCCCACGGGAAACUGAAGUCCAGCUCUUGCCGAUCUGGAUACUGCUUUGGCCUUAGCCUUACCAGAAUCUUUACCCGCUUUACCGCCAGCCAUUUUGAAACGUGUAACACUAUGACCACUACAGACAGUGAAUAA